AUGUUAGAUAAUAUUGAAGGCACUAUGUCUUCAUUAAAUAAAUUACAAAGAAAUGAAGAAGCACAUUUUUUCAUUAAGAGUAAAUAUGAAAAUUUAUAUCAGGAAUUUGAUUUUUGUAUCAAAAAUUUACAUUUUGCCGUAACUAUUGAAGCAUUGAAAGAUAAUUCUUAUGCAUUAAAAGAUAAUUCUGAAGACGUACAAAAUAUAUCAAAAUUACUAGAAGAACAACGAGAAGGGAUUAAAA